GAACACUACACCGCCCUUUUGCUUCACCUUUCAGAGAGGAUGACGAAACAGAUUUCCCAACACUUUGCAGGUGUUUCCCAAUUUCAAAAUUUCUAGCAGCUACUUCAUGUUCCUUCCUGACACACUGUAACUUGUUUAAGCAAGAUACCGGGUUGAAAUGAUGAAAUGCGACUUCCUGCUACACACAUUUUUUUACAUUUUUACUCAGGCAAGCAAGAUACAAGACAUUUAACAAAUACCCUCUGAAACAACAGCAGAUUUGAGAGACUUUCUUGAGGCGAAGUUGUCAUAAUGCAGAGUGUCAAGUGUGUGAUUGUUGGAGACAGUGGAGUAGGAAAGACCUACCUGCUCCAUACCUACAUCAAUAAAGUCUUUCCAAGGGACUACAUACCAUGUUUCUAUGGGACAUACAGCACAGAGGUCCAUGUAGACAACCAGCAGGUCAGUCUGACUCUUUGGGACUCCGCCGGCAGGGACGACUACGAACGUUUUCGCCAGCUCUCCUACAACCAAGCGGAUGUCAUCAUCAUCUGCUUCUCCAUUGCUAAUCCAACAUCCUCUGAGAAUGUGAAGCGAAAAUGGUACCCAGAGGUUAAACGCCAUUGCCCCGAUGUGCCUUUUGUCGUUGUGGGAACUAAGAGUGACCUGCGAGAUGAUCAGGAGGUUCUGGAGACUCUGAAGAAGCAGAAUCAGACCACAGUCACCCAGCAGGAGGGAGUUACAAUGGCAAAUCAAAUACAGGCUGCUAAAUAUCUUGAGUGUGCUUCAAGCAAUCAGGAGGGACUGAAUGAGGUGAUAGAUGAGGCUGUGCGUGCCUUUCUCAGCCAUUCAGUUACCACAGAAAAAACAUGUAUUCUCAUGUAGGUUGAGAUCUCAAACAAAUAUUUUAUUUUGAAAUGAUUAAGGUAUUCUUAGAAUAUGCUUCUGUGUUUAUUUCUGUGUUUACAUAAUUUAUGUGCUUGUGUAAGCUACCAGAGCACCGUAAUACCAUGUAUGCACUUGGCCCUGCAUAUGAAUACCACAGAAGUAUCCAAUUUGAUUUUAAAAAUAUAUAUUUCAGAGACUAUGCUAGUUACAUUAGUUAGCUCAUCAAACUGUCCACAUAAAAUUCUUGCUUCGUUUUUUAUGAUUUCCACAAUCACUGAAAACUCUGUGAUGAUAGUCUAACUACUACUUUAUCAACAGUAAAAAUAAAAAUAGCUUGAAAACUAUGAUGAAUCAAUUUGAAGAACAGAUCAUUUAAUUCCAGAGUAAACUAAAUUGAUCCUGUCACCAUGUUGGAGAUAAUUUAUAAUAUUAAGUGUUUAAUGAAGUUGGUCCUUUGUUCUAUGUGCAGAAAUGCACUCAUCUCCCUCACUUUGGAGAUGUUCAUAUGGAUCAUGCUGCUGUCUGACUUUUUUAAUAAACUCAGAGGAAAGAUUCCUACGAACAGCUGGAAGAAACAAACUUAACUUCAGCUCUAUGAAUGUUUUGUGGAUAAAAUAUAAAAAUUAAAACAGGUUACGUGAACUAUUUUUGAGCAUCAUUAAUUAAGCUGUUGUGUGUCAGUUCUUAUCACAGUAAUGUGUUAUUUUUGUGAACUUUUCUGUUUGUAAUAAAUUGUUUGUAAUAAACUGUAGAGCAAAGGGAAUGAGAAAGUUCAUUUUGGUUCAUUUUGUGUCUUUUGCUCUUUUUGAUGUCUUUGCACCAGUUUUAGUCAUCGAAUCUGUAAAAAGCCCUCCUCAAAUUGCUUCACACAUCUCAAAGUAUGUUGCUUGUGCAUGUGUUCUACAUGUUCAUGUGAAAACAUGCAGCUCAGACUUGUGUUGAAACUGAUAUGCAAACCUUGCUAGUUUUGACUUAGUAAGAUUGCCAUUGUGAUUUUUACAGGAAAGUGCACUGGGCGCUUGUUCGGACUUGAAGCUGACAUGUUGAAAUGUUGUCAGAUGAAUGGAAAGGAGUACAUGUCUGAAAGGGGCUUAAUAAAUAAAUACAACUGUAGUCCAUUGUUUGUGCAUUUUGUUGUGACCUGGUUCUUAAUAAAGUAUGAAGUCU